CAAAGCUGCUGUUGCUGCUAUAUUCGAAGAAAACUCGCAUGCCAUCGCCGUACCUCAGCUAGCCAAAGUUGAUUCAGCACAUCACGAUUUCGUCAAACGACCACUGUACAUACACGCAAUGAUUGCGAACUUUCAUAACCCGAGGCGGCUUCGGACGCCCUUCAUCGCCAUCAUCGUUUUUAUCCUCAUCACCGGAUUCUUCUUGCUCUUCCACCAACCGCUAGUCCAGUAUUUUGUAAUUCCAUGGACAGCAGAACAAUAUGGCGGCAGCUGGAUGAACGAUUCUUCGCCCAACUGGGUCCAACCAGCUCUCUACGAAGGCCGGCCAGAUAAGUUUGGCGAAGCAAGUCAAUACGUGCAGGCAAUUUUAGACCCCAAGAAUGGCGGCUUUCCCAUCGUUAACUGCCCUGCGACAAAUGUCACUCGCUACGAAGUCCUGCGGCCUACCAUGAACAUGGACAAGAGGCACUAUUUCUUUGCUCUCGACUUGCGACAGGUUAGAGAUCUCCUGCCUCAGUUGAUAGGAGCUGUUUUGGAAGCGAUGAACGUCAUUGGGCCGGAGAACUGCGCUCUUUCCAUCGUUGAGGGCAUUUCCACCGACGGUACAUAUGAAACGCUGUACCGCCUUAAAUCUCACCUCGACCAGAUGGGAGUUUCCUACCACCUACAGACGAGCAGCAUCGAUUCCCACAGUGGCGACCGCAUCGGUAAGCUCGCCAAGCUGAGGAAUCUCGCGUUGGAACCCAUGAUGGCAGAUGCCGAUGCCUACGAUCCGAAGGCGACGAUUAUCUUCCUCAACGACGUUGCUGCAUGCACCGAGGAUAUUCUGGAGCUAGCAUACCAGAAGCAGACGCAGGGGGCUGACAUGACUUGCGCGAUGGACUACCACUUCCUCCGAUUUGCGCCGCACAAUGGAGAACCCUCGUUCUACGAUUCGUGGAUCUCUCGUGCCAUCAACGGCGACACCUUCUUGCCGAUUCCCGACAGAACGCCCAAGGGAGAACAGUGGAGCGACGUUGCGAAUAUGUUUUGGAAUCACCCGUACUCCCAGGAUCGCUACCUCAGCCGUAAGCCGCUGCAGGUGUUUGCGUGCUGGAACGGAGGCGUUGCGGUGACUGGGGAGCCCUUCCUGAAGAAGCAGAUCGACUUCCGGAGGUCAUACCAAGGGGAGUGCCAUACUGGCGAGCCAACACUGCUAUGCAAGGAUUUGUGGAAGUUGGGUCACGGCAAAAUCGCCGUCGUACCGAGCGUCAGCUUGGCAUACAACGUCAAGGAUGGACGACAAAUCAAAGAAGAGAGGGGCUUUGCGUCGGCGUGGACCGUUAAUGAGAAUAAUGGAGAGCCACCAAAGAUCAACUGGCAAGAGGAGCCGCCAGCGAUGGUCAAGUGUAUGCCGACGUUUAGGAACCAGUUCUGGCGGCCGUGGAACGAAGGACUGUGAAGAGGCUCAGCUUGAGGCGCUAUGGGGGGGGGGGCGGAAUUUUCGUUGUAGAGAGCAUCAACCAUGAUACCCGGUCGCAUAGUGUUUUGGGAUAGCAGGCGCUAAUAUCAACUAUCUUUGAACUUUGAAACUUCGUAUCUGACGGCACCAUUGGUAUGACAGGAUCCCAAGUAUGUUUGCGUGGAUAAUAUGGUUAUUGUGUUAGUCUAGUCUCAAGUCGUCAAAGGGCGGCGG